AUGGAACGAGAAGUGAAAGCAAAUGUGUUGAUAAUUGGUCUAGGAGCUGGCUAUCUGAAUUCUUACCUUUAUGGUAAUUUUCCAAAGAUGGAUUUAACAGGAGUAGAGAUUGAACAGGAAAUGGUACGCGUUGCACGAAAAUGGUUCGGACUUGUGAUAGAUAGUCGGCAACGGAUUUAUACGAUGGAUGGCGCUAAAUUUAUUGAGACAGCUACAACAGAGGGGCGAAAAUAUGACGUGAUAAUUCUGGACGCGUGCUUAGUGGAUAUGAGCCUUGAGCUCCAAUGCCCUAUUAAACCGUUUCUACAAGCUGGGAAUGUAAAGACUAUCUCAAGAGCGUUAACUGAAAAAGGUUUGCUAAUAUUAUCAUUGCAGAGCUAG